AUGUCUUUUUUCCGGAGUGGAGCAAGGAGGGUUUCGUUGAAUUUGCCUCAAGGGUUCAGGUUUGAUCCAACAGACAAUGAAGUUCUGUUUUAUCUGAGGAAGAACAUAUUGGAUCAGCCAUUUCCUGCUAAUGUGAUUCCAACUGCUGAUGUUUAUGGGACCAACCCAGAUGAGCUUCCAUUUUGUGACUUCAAGGAUGGGAAUGGAAGUUACUGGUUCUUUUUUACUACCAAGCUUAGUGGCGACCUCAUCACAGAGGAUGGUUAUUGGAGUCCUAUAAUUGAUGAAAGAAUAAUUGAUGGCACUAAAGUAGUUGGUUUCAAGCGGCAUCUUGUUUUUCACCAAGGAAAAAUAUCUUCAGGGACUCAAACUCACUGGAACAUACAUGAAUUUGGAGUGAAUCCCAGUACAUUUUCAGCUGCCGAACUCAGCGAUGGCAUCAGAAAGAAGAUAUCAAAUCUGGUAGUAUGCAAGAUUUUCCUUACGAAGGAUGAUCCAAUUACUGGUUUCGAGGGAGAGAUUGAAGAGGAAGAGGAAGAGGGAUUAGAAAAGGAGGAAGCUGCCAAUCCUAGUAAUAAAUGGAUCGGAAGAGGAGGAUGA